AUGUAUAAUUCUACGAACCCUACCAGAAUCACCGAGACAUCGUCGACAACCAUCGAUCUACUGAUUACCGACUCUCCUGAUUCGGUGAUAAAGUCAAGAACUCACACUGGCAACUCUAUCUCGGACCACGAGGUGGUGUACAUGCUGGUGAACAUCAGAAUACCGCGCUCUGCGCCGCAGACGCUGCGUGUGCGCAAUCUUCGUGGCAUCGAUCCAGUGAGACUGCAAACCGACUUCCAAACCAGAGAUAUCCGACCCUUCCACACCGCCCUUGACGCGUCUUCAAAGGCAGAUCUGCUCACCGGGGUGCUCACUGAUCUGCUCCAGCAGCACGCCCCAGAACGAACCAUUACUGUCCGCGAUAAACGCACCCCCUGGAUAUCGGAAACCAUCAAACAAGCUGUCGCGCUGCGGGAUUUGGCAUUUGCUCUUUACUCGCGAAAUCCCAACCGGGCCAGGGGAGACAACCAGUGGCAAGAUUAUGUCGGGAAGCGCGAUCGGGCCAACUCUCUCAUCUAUGCUGCCAAGAAACGUUAUGCCGAUCAACACUUCAGCCACGAUCUGCCAGCAAAAACGCUCUGGUCUAAUCUGAGGAGGGAAGGGGUGCACAACAACGCGAAGAAGUCUUCGCUGGAUGAAGGGAUCGACGCUGAUGAACUGAACAUGUUCUUCAGUGAUGGCCAUCGUCAGCUUCAAAACGGACGCCAACCCGGAGUAACUGCAGAACCACCUCAUCGGACUGCGGUUGACCAUGGCGCGGCCGAAUUCGGUUUUCGUCGGACAUCCCAAGAAGAAAUCUGCCGGAAAAUCUAUGAGAUUCAGACCAAUGCUACUGGCCCAGACGGAAUUCUCAUCUCCUUCAUCAAACUGCUCUGCCCUUUCAUUCUCCCGCACUUGUCCCAUCUGUUCAACCACAUCAUCCAGACCAAGUCGUUCCCCUCAAGCUGGAAAAAGGCUCUCAUCACCCCUAUCCCGAAGCAGACCAAUCCCUCGCAGCCCAAAGACUUCCGGCCAAUCAGCGUUCUCCCGGCGAUCUCAAAAAUUCUUGAGAAGAUAUUGCUGUCGCAAAUUUCCGAGCACCUCGACAACCCGGCUGCACCGCUUCUGGCUCGGCAGCAGUCAGGAUACAGGAAGGGACACAGCACGACAACAGCUUUGACAAAAGUGGUUCACGAUCUGUAUGGGAACCUCGACAACGACCGCUGCACUGUCAUGGUUCUGGUCGACUUUUCUCUCGCCUUCAACUGUGUGAACCAUCGAACUUUGGAAACGAAGCUUCGAGGAGAGUUUCGGUUUUCUCGAGGAGCCUGUGACCUGAUCUCGUCGUUUCUUGCGGAUCGGAAGCAGUCCGUCAGGCUGGGAGAUGUUGUGUCGGGAGAACGUGAUGUGAUUGACGGCACACCUCAGGGAUCCUGCCUCAGCGCGCUACUUUUUAGCCUGUACAUCAACAGUCUCCCAGGGUCCCUGAGGUGCGAGUACCAUCUGUAUGCUGACGAUCUCCAAGUCUACGUUUCCGGACCAUCAGCCGAAGUGGACACUCUGGUCGACGCUAUCAACGAAGAUCUCGCGGCAAUAGCUCGUUGGGCCGAUGCUAACUGGCUCGCACCCAACCCCAAGAAGACCAAAGCGAUUAUCUUCUGCAAGUCUGGAGCGGUUGUGCCACAGACAGAAAUAAAAUUCUGUGGCGAAGCCGUGCCGUGGUCUGACGUCGUUACGAAUCUCGGCCUGAAGAUGGAUUGUCAGCUGUCGUGGUCCCACCAAGUCAACGACGUUGUUCAAAAGGUGUUCAACACUUUGCGUACGUUUCGUCGUUUUGGCCCUGUACUCUCUACGUUGACACGACGCAAGCUGGUGCAGGCGGUGGUUAUGCCAAUUUUCACCUACGCCGACGUUGUCUACUACCCUGGACUGUCAGCUGCGCUCAAGGACCAGCUGUACCGCUGUUUCAAAGCCGCUGUGCGUUUCGUGUACAACAUGCGCCGACGAGACACUACUGCAGCCGUGAGGACUACCAUCCUGGGUGUUGAUCUGCCUGCGAACUAUCAACUUAGGAUCUGUAGCUUUAUGCGCCAGGCCUACUACAAGAACGUUCCGGAUUACAUCCAGCAGCACCUGCAGCGUGGACAGCUAGAGCGAACACGAUGCUUCAUCAUUCCUCGGCACACAACAACCAGUGGAAAGAGUGUGUUGGUGUAUGGAUCGACCUGCUGGAACGGACUACCGGCUGAUGCCAAAAACAAACCAACAUUGAGCACAUUUAAAAAAUUUGUCCGUCAUUUAUUAUGA